AUGGUUUUUGAUACAACGUACUAUGACUUAUUAGGAGUCUCCCCAGAUGCUAAACAAAUUGAUAUUAAAAAGGCUUAUAGGAAGAAGUCGGUUCAAGAGCAUCCAGAUAAGAACCCUAAUGAUCCUAAAGCGACAGAAAGGUUUCAAGCUAUUUCUGAAGCGUACCAAGUUUUGGGGAGCGAUGAACUGCGUGCUAAAUACGAUAAAUUCGGUAAAGAUGAGGCAGUUCCACAGAAUGGAUUUGAAGAUGCAGGUGAACAGUUUGCAGCUAUAUUUGGUGGAGAAGCAUUUGCAUCUUAUAUUGGAGAAUUAACGUUGUUGAAAAAUAUUCAAAAAACUGAAGAAUUGGUGCAACAAGAUGAAGCUGAGAAACAGAAGGAGAAAGAAAGAGAAAAGGAGGUGAAUAAAUCAUACGCUAAUGGCAAUGGAGAUAACCAGAUGUCCUCCGGUUCUACUAAUAAUAAUUCAAAACGUUCUGAGGGUAGAGCUGCUAUAUCUGAUCACGGGGCUGUAACACAAACGUCUGCGGAAGAAAGCAAGAAGGUAUCUAAUUCGGAAAAGAAGAAGACUAAAUUGGAAGAGUUUGAAGAGGAGCAACGGAUAGAAAAAGAGAAAAAUAUUGAGAAUUUGAGUAAUACCCUAUGUGAUAGACUUUCCGUCUUAACAGAAAGUUCAUAUGAUGAGCCUUGCAAAAGAGCAUUUGAGAAAAAAUUUGAGGAGGAAGCCAAUAUGUUGAAGAUGGAGUCAUUUGGUUUGGAUAUUCUGCACACAAUUGGUGAAGUUUACUGUCAAAAAGCUGAGAUCUUUUUGAAAAAUCAAAAAAUCUGGGGUGUUGGUGGGUUUUUCCAAUCUGUGAAAGCGAAGUGUGGUUUUGUUGUGGAUACAGUAAGAACUGUGUCUGCUGCGUUGGAUGCCCAGAACACUAUGCAAGAACUAGAAAAGUUGAAGCUGGUUGUAGAAUCAGAUGAACCACUUCGUGACGAAAAGGGUAACGAACUACCAAAACCAACAGUUGAAGAAUUAGCUCAUAUGGAACAACUAUUGAUGGGUAAAGUCUUGUCUGCUGCUUGGCAUGGGUCGAAGUUUGAAAUUAUGUCUACAUUGAAAAAUGUUUGUGAUAAGGUAUUAGAAGAUAAAUCUGCAGAUUUAGAUACCAAAAUAAGGAGAGCAGAGGCCUUGAUUUUGCUAGGGAAAGUAUUUAGAAAGGCCUACAGAACUCCCGUAGAACAAGAAGAUGCACAAGUGUUUGAAGAAUUAGUCGCAGAAGCUACUAAGAAAAAGAGCAGAAAUAAGCACAGAUGA